ACGCUACUCUACUCUUCCCACUGACGCCAAUCCACCGCUGCUAAACCACCCUGACGGAGGAACAACCUGUCGAAAACACUUAACCCGUCACUUAAACCAGACAAUUAAAAUGUUUCUUCGCGUCCUGGAAAUCAUAUACUUCAUUUACUUCGCCUCGCACAUUCCAAUUACCCUCCUGGUUGAUCUUCAAGCUUUACUUCCCGAACAUGUAUAUCCACCUGAGCUGAUCAAGCUCCUGCACUGGUAUGCUGGUGAAUUUAAGGACCCGAUGAUGAUGGACCCUCCUGCGUGGUUCAAGUCGUUUGUGUUCUGCGAGGCGCUCGUGCAGCUGCCCUUUUUCCCAGUUGCAGCGUACGCCUUUCUGAAGGGUGGCUGCAAAUGGAUCAGAACUCCAGCCAUAAUUUAUUCUGUUCAUGUGGCCACCACUCUGGUCCCAAUUUUAAGCCACAUACUUUUCCACAAGUUUCCUUUGAGUCCACAUCCGGGACCCCAAACUUUGAAUGAACGUCUGACCCUGGUGUCCAUUUAUGCUCCGUACCUCAUCAUUCCCAUUAUGAUACUGCUCACCAUGCUCUUCAGCGCAACUUACAACUCACCAUCUCUGAAAGGAAAUGCUCCCUCAAAGGCCAAGAAACAAAGAUAAAUGCCAGUUCAUCUUUCUACACCCUAAAUUAGAGCACAGUAUGUAUUGAUCAAAUCCCAACAGGGUUGUUAGUAGUCAUUAUUUGAUAAACGUGAUUUAAUAUGUGCCAAAUUUCUCAAUUAUAUGUGACCAUUUUUUAAGCUCUAGAAAUUGUUUACCGAUGACAGCAGAUGUAAAUGCAAAAUAUAUUUUUAUUCAAAUGUUCUUCAGAUCUUUAUGAGCUUUGCCCAAUGUUGAGAUUACACAUGGUAAAUGUAAACAAGUAAUAAAUGAACUUACUUUUCCAUAA